AUGUGCAGAGAAGAUUUCCUAACUGUAAGGAUUGAAAAUUAUUUAUAUCCUAAACCUUACCUAGGGUAUAGUUUUGAAAAAACUGUAGAAGACUCAAAUAUUAGCCCUGAGAGUGAAAAGUGUUUAAGAGAUAGAUGCGUGUCGUUUAUUUUACACCUAGGUAAUCAAUUACAACAAAGACUCCCGCAUAACAUUAAUGUACUAGAAAAUAUUUCUUUGUUAUCAGUAUCAAACACACUCAAAGUAGUAAAAGAUACACUUAUACCUCUCAUGGAAAUGAUGGAUAUUGAGAUGGAAACCAUUGGUAAAAUAAAUGUGCAAUGGGAUAAUAUAACAAAUAUUAAAUGGCUGGAAAAAACUGAUACACAUUAA